AAGCCACCUCCGCCCGUUAAACGUCAGAAGCGCAGGCACAUUAAGCCUCCCGGGAUCCCUCCGCUUCAAUCAUCGGACAGGACAAGCAUCACUCGAGAUACAAGAGGGGUUUUAACUUCACUUCACUUCACUUCUUUCUGACGUAGCAACAAACAGCGAUGACGAGCAUGAUUCUCCAGCUCAGCCGCAACCUGAGCCGUGCUGCUCCUGUUCUCAGUCGCAGUGUUCACUCUGGCACACGUCCCGCCUCCACAGCCGCGUCCAAAGUGAUAUCUGACCGCCCGCCCACGGCAGAGGAAAUCUACGCUCGUGAGGAAAAGUUUGGAGCGCACAACUAUCACCCCUUACCUGUGGCCUUAGAGAGAGGAGAGGGCAUCCAUGUGUGGGAUGUGGAGGGUAACCGGUAUUAUGACUUCCUGAGCGCUUACAGUGCAGUAAACCAGGGCCACUGCCACCCAAAGAUCAUAGCUGCACUCACCGCCCAGGCCUCCAAACUCACACUGACUUCCAGAGCCUUCUACAACAAUGUGCUGGGAGCCUAUGAGGAGUACAUUACCAACUUGUUUGGCUAUGACAAAGUCUUACCAAUGAAUACAGGUGUUGAAGCUGGUGAGACGGGCUGCAAGCUGGCCCGCAAGUGGGCUUAUAAUGUAAAGGGGGUCCCCAAAAACCAGGCCAAAAUCAUUUUUGCAGAUGGAAACUUCUGGGGCCGCACCAUGGCAGCCAUCUCCAGCUCUACAGAUCCCAGUAGUUAUGAAGGAUUCGGUCCCUUCAUGCCAGGCUUUGAGCUUAUCCCAUACAACGACAUCCCUGCACUGGAGAAAGCUCUUCAAGACCCAAAUGUUGCUGCUUUUAUGGUGGAGCCCAUCCAGGGGGAGGCUGGGGUGGUGGUGCCAGAACAGGGCUACCUGACCAAAGUCAGAGAACUUUGCACCAAGUACAAUGUGUUGUGGAUUGCUGAUGAAGUGCAGACCGGCUUGGCGAGAACGGGCCGGCGCCUGGCUGUGGACCACGAAGAAGUCCGUCCAGAUAUCGUGUUGCUGGGCAAAGCUCUUUCUGGAGGAGUUUACCCUGUAUCUGCUGUGCUGUGUGACGAUGAGGUAAUGCUGACCAUCAAGCCUGGAGAGCAUGGGUCCACAUAUGGCGGUAACCCCGUGGCCUGUCAGGUUGCUAUUGCCGCACUUGAGGUGCUGGAGGAGGAGAAGCUGGCAGAGAAUGCUGAAAGGAUGGGAGAGCUGCUGCGGAGCGAGCUGAGAAAACUGCCCAAAGACAUUGUGACAACAGUCAGAGGGAAAGGCCUCCUCAACGCAGUCGUCAUCAAAGAGACCAAAGACUAUGACGCCUGGAAGGUGUGCUUACGCCUCCGUGACAACGGACUGCUGGCCAAGCCCACCCAUGGUGACAUCAUCCGCCUGGCCCCUCCCCUCAUCAUCAAAGAGGACGAGAUACAUGAAUGCAUCGACGUCAUCCAGAGAACCAUCUUGUCCUUCUAAAGUACAAACGGCUAUUCGACAAUAAACAGACACCCUGCAAGAGGAUUAUCCUUUUAAAAAAGUCGCUCUAAACAUUUUGUAGUUUUUAUUUCAAAGAUAGGGUGUCUUUGAAGGAUAUUACUGUAGAAAUACAGUAUACAGAGACUGUGUGGCGUUUGCUUCUUUUAGGCUACUAUGACACUUUUGUACAGAAAAAUUGCUGUAAAGAAAAUUGUUACGUAAGACUGCAACAUGGGGAAAACAUCUGUGGUUUAUUUUAAAUGUUCUAUGGUUAACACAGUCCUGCUGGUAGUGAGUAAUGUAAAUAAUGUAUGUGUUCGUGUUCAGUCAAAUCUUUUAAUUUUCAAAAAGGAUACGUGGUGUUACCAGUGACGCGUGCAGUCCAAAGUUGCAUUUAUCAUGACUUUAUUUCAAUUUUUCUCCUCAGAGGCAUACAGUUAAAUCUGUCUGUGAAUGACUUUAUGCUGCUAAUUGAGAAUUCAUUGAAGGGAAUACAACAAACAUACUUUAUUAGUACAUUUAACAUUUAAGUAAGCUGCUGUCUGCCUGCCAAGAACCUUUUGUGAGACCAGUUUUGUUACAGUGAAGGUCAGCCUGUUUGAAUAUUUUAAUCACAAGAGCAGAGAUUCUACACAUUUCUAAGAAGCCUUGAAAUGUAUCUGAUUCCAAGUCUUGCAGGCAUUUUAGUGCAAUUAUGAUUUUUUUUUCUCUUUUUAACAUUUAAAAUAGUUUUAACUAUCAAUACAAAUAUGAGCACUAUAUGUAUCUGCGUGCUGUUGUCAUUGGAACUUUCUGUUGAAUGUUUUCUGUUACAAAACAAUGGAAGUGUUGCCUUUUCAAGGGCAGUUAUCACCUUUUAGGUUGUUACAUAACCAAUUGAUCCUUAAAUAAAUUAUUGCAGUCUUA